AUGAACUCGACAAACAUGAAUGGUUCCUCUCCUAAUGUCUUGGAAGAAAGCGGUCGGACCUUAGUCAUUGGUUCGGGUGGAUUCAUGGGCCGGCUCGUCACCGAAGCCAGCCUAGACUCCGGCCGUCCUACGUAUAUUUUGGUUCGGUCUAGUUUGAACUCUCCUUCCAAAGCCUCCACCAUCAAGUUUCUUCAAGACAGAGGAGCCACUGUUAUUUAUGGCUCUAUCACAGACAAAGAAUUCAUGGAGAAGGUUCUGAGAGAUCAUAAGAUAGAAGUUGUAAUAUCUGCAGUGGGAGGGGGAAGCAUCUUAGACCAGUUCAAUCUGAUAGAGACUAUCAAGAAUGUUGACACUGUCAAGAGGUUUUUGCCGUCUGAAUUCGGGCACGACAUAGACAGGGCUGACCCGGUGGAGCCAGGGCUGAGCAUGUAUGAACAGAAGAGGAAGAUUAGGAGGCAGAUAGAGAAAUGUGGGAUUCCUUACACUUACAUAUGUUGCAAUUCCAUUGCAGCUUGGCCCUACCAUGACAACACUCACCCUGCAGAUGUUCUACCGCCCCUUGAUAGGUUCAAAAUCUAUGGUGAUGGCACUGUCAAAGCAUACUUUGUGGCGGGUACCGAUAUUGGGAAGUUCACUAUGAUGUCGUUAGAAGAUGAUCGAACACUGAACAAAACUGUCCAUUUUCAACCUCCAAGCAACCUACUAAACAUGAACGAGAUGGCUUCACUAUGGGAGGAGAAGAUUGGCCGUACACUUCCUAGGGUCACCAUCACAGAAGAAGAUCUGCUGCAGAUGGCCAAAGAGAUGCGGAUCCCACAGAGUGUGGUUGCAGCAUUAACUCAUGACAUUUUCAUAAAUGGCUGCCAAAUAAACUUUAGCUUGGACAAGCCAACUGAUGUUGAAGUCUGCUCCCUCUACCCCGACACUCCUUUUCGAACCAUCAACGAGUGCUUCGAGGACUUUGCCAAGAAGAUAUUUGAUAAUGCCAAAGCAGUGAGCAAGCCAGCAGCAAGCAACAAUGCAAUAUUUGUGCCAACUGCUAAACCAGAAGCAUUGCCUAUCACUGCGAUAUGCACAUGAGAAACAUCUCUCUCUAUCCAUUUUCACAUCAAUAAUUCUUUUGCAAGUUCUUUUAAUCGUAAAAUGUUAAGAGACUCUCUGUUGCCAGUGUUUCUGGCAAAAACUAAUUAGAUGUACCCCUUGAAUAAAUAUCUACGCUCUGAAGGGUGAGAAUUAGUAGUUAGGUUAUGUAUUUUGGUAAUUUAGAAUCAUUUUACCAUUGGGAAAUAAAGGAACUUCGUGUCUUUACUGA